AUGGCACUGCUCUCGCCACGCCCUACACAUUUGUUUCGCAUCCACGAUAUUAUUCUCGGUGACGCUACAGCAAGCAGUGGACAACUUAGAAGAUUUCGCCACCGAGAUGUUAAAGAAGCAGGAUUAACAAGUACAGUUUUGCCGCGACAAAGAACAUCUUUUGAAAAUUUGUUUUGGCCCGAAGAGAGAUGCUCAUAUUUUUCGGAGUAUUUUUAGGAAACGACCAGUCGCUGUGUGUUCUGAACUAAGUAUACAAUUAGCUAGCUAACUAGCUUUGCCAGUCCGGAAGGCAAACGAAACAUUGCAUUGGCUUGCCUGGCAGUAACUUAACUCACUCUAACGUUAGCUAUCGAACAAGCCUGUUGACUUGUUUGAGAAUUCAACACAAAUCUCUAAACAGAAAACCAGCAGUAUUUUGUGGUAUGGAUGAUCAUAAGUGUAGGGAAAUUACGAUGCAACGAAGAACUGCUCCAACUGGACAUAUGUUACUAAUCUAGCUAGCUAGCCCAACUAGCCACUGGCUAGCAAUUUGUUGGGACCAAACUUAUUGUUGCCUAGUUUCCGUAUUCCGGAUAGUGUGUUUACAUUUGAGCUUGUAUUGUUUUACAGACUGGUGCCUGGAAGUCUGUAAAAAUACAUGUCCUACAACUUUUUUUGCCGGGAGAUAAUGACAAUUUCGGGCGUAAAUGAGAAGACCCAAGGAAGCGAAUGAGCUCUAACGUGGCUAUCACACGUAUCGUCUAAAGAAAACAGGUUGGUCGGUGGGGUGGUUUCGCUUAGAUAAUUAGCCAACCUGUACAUCUGAACCUUCAAUCAGCGUGUUCAUUUAAGAUUGCUGUUUCACAUCUUCUGGCUACAUAAGUUUAAUUAAACUGAGAUGCGACGUUAGCAAGUUUCUUAUCUGAAAUCAAACUGGAGGGUACGUUUUUGUGUUUCCCGAGUAUCAGGCAAAUUUAAAUUGUACCGUAAACCUUUUCGGUGUCGGAGCUGCUCACUUUAAAUUAAAUCGUGCAUGCCUGCAUCGCUAUGGAUGGCGACUUUGUCCACAAACUACAGUCAUGAUAUUGAGCAGGAAAGCAGAAGGUCCCGUCACAACAGUGAGGAAUGGGGAUAUUUUCGAGUCAUAUAUGCGUGCGGACCAUGCAGCCAAUGAGAAGGCCCUCAUGAAUGGUCAGAGCCCCGCAGGACUGCCCCCGCUGGUGAAACACUCAGUUGGGAACAAGCCCGCCAUGAAGGACCACCAGGUGGCGCUGCGGGCGGUGCCACCGCGGGUGAAGCAUGCGAGCGAGGACUCCUCCCCCCGCCGGCCCAACGCCGUCCUGCUGCACCACGCCCGGAGCGGCAGCAGCGGGGGCCCGGUGCAGGCCAAGACCCUGCCCUCCCUGCCCAAGGACCGCAGCGCGGACAGCAGCAGCUCCGCCAAGUCCGCUGACAGCGCCGGCAGCGGCGCCCCCAAGCCCGGCAGGCCCCUGCCCCUCACGCCCGAGCAGGCCCUCAAGCUGCACCGCCACCAGCUGACCGCUGCCGAGCAGCAGGAGGUCCUGGGAUACCCGGAGGUCUACUUCCUGGGGCCGAGCGCCAAGAAGAGGCAGGCCACGGCGGCGGGAGGCGCCAACAACGGCGGCUACGACGACGAGCAGGGCGGCUACAUCCACGUGCUGCACGACCACCUGGCCUACCGCUACGAGUUCCUCAAGGUCAUCGGCAAGGGCAGCUUCGGCCAGGUGGCCAAGGUGUACGACCACAAGACGCGGCAGCACCUGGCGCUGAAGAUGGUUCGCAACGAGAAGCGCUUCCACCGGCAGGCGGCCGAGGAGGUGCGCAUCCUGGAGCACCUCCGGCGCCAGGACAAGACGGGCUCCAUGAACGUGGUGCACAUGCUGGAGAGCUUCACCUUCCGAGGGCACAUCUGCAUGACCUUCGAGCUGCUCAGCAUGAACCUGUACGAGCUCAUCAAGAGGAACAAGUUCCAGGGCUUCAGCCUGCCGCUGGUGCGCAAGUUCGCCCUGUCCAUCCUGCAGUGCCUGGAGGCCCUGCAGCGCAGCAAGAUCAUCCACUGCGACCUGAAGCCCGAGAACAUCCUGCUGAAGCAGCAGGGUCGCAGCGGCAUCAAGGUCAUCGACUUCGGCUCCAGCUGCUUCGAGCACCAGCGCGUCUACACCUACAUCCAGUCGCGCUUCUACCGGGCGCCCGAGGUGAUCCUGGGGGCCCGCUACGGGAUGCCCAUUGACAUGUGGAGCUUCGGCUGCAUCCUGGCCGAGCUGCUGACCGGGUACCCGCUGUUCCCCGGGGAGGACGAGGGCGACCAGCUGGCCUGCAUGAUGGAGAUCCUGGGCAUGCCCCCGCAGAAGCUUCUGGAACAGUCCAAACGGGCCAAGAACUUCAUCAGCUCCAAGGGCCACCCGCGGUACUGCGGCUCCAGCACGCUGGCCAGCGGGACCGUGGUGCUGAGCGCCGGGCGUUCGCGGCGGGGAAAGGUGCGCGGCACGCCCGCCAGCCGGGACUGGCCGUCGGCCCUGAAGGGCUGCGAGGAGGCCACCUUCGUGGACUUCCUGCGCAAGUGCCUGGACUGGGAGCCCUCGGCCCGCAUGACCCCAUCCGCCGCCCUGCGCCACCCCUGGCUCUGCCGCCGUGCCGCCAAACCCGCACCCGUCCACACGCCCGCGCCCGCGCACGCGGCCCCGCCCGCGGAGAAGGCCCUGCCGCCCAGACGGGCCGCCGAACACGCCACCUCCUUCCCCAGCAUCAUCGCCAAACUACCGCCACCCAUCGGACCCGCCAACGGCAAACUCAGGACCAACAUGAUGGGGGACCCCAACGUGGUGAUACCUCUGCGCACAGUGCUUCCUAAACUGGUCACCUAGCGCCCCCUCGCUCAGGCUCCAGGGCCACGCCUUCCGCUGUGUUUCUCACAGGAUUUCCCAUUGAAGAAGUUGCAGACAAUUAUGAUGCUGGGGAAAAGAAAUAGGUUUUUAAAAGAAAUCAUGCAGUUUUUUAUUUAAGUGUUUUUGAUGAGACUGAAAACAAUUUUAAUGUUUUUUUAACCAAUUUGUUUUUGUCUGAAUUUAAAGGGACAAUAUUAGUCGAUGUUUUCUGUCCAGUCGUCCCUUUCCUACAGGAGGUUUUAACUCUCCGUGCUCAAGCACACAUGCAGGAAUGUUUGGUGUCACAGCAAACACCACACCAAAAAAAAAGAAAAGAAGAGAUCUUUCCUGUUUUCCUUGAAUUUUAUUGAAUUUUAAGAGCUGUGAUUUUUUUACUUAAAGGGCUAUUUCAUAGGGUGUGGUUAUUAGCAGAAGUAUUGGAAACACCUUGGGUGGUGGAAGUAGGUUUUUUAAGGAAGCAGUUGAUUUUGUGAACUAGUUCUGCAGCAGAACUAUAGCCAGCCUUCUGUGGACAUAUGAAGUGUUGGGAUGAGUGCUCAGGCUGGCAUAUGCAUUGAAGUGUGGGGGUUAUCUUUCCUGUGAUUAUGAUUGAAUGGCAUUUGCACCAUCACUGAGCAAUAAACCCACUCCCUCUUA